CAUUCCUGUGUGUCUGGGUCAGUGAGGAGGAGCAGCAGGAGGAAAGAAAAGCAAAGAGAGGCUGCUGGGUUCAGCCUGUGGAUCCUGAGAGCAGAGAGGAGGUGACACACAACAACAACAACAACAACAACAACAACAACAACAUCAUCAUCAUCCUCAGCUUCAGUCUGUGCUGCAGCCUCCUCACACUUCCACCCCUCUGAGCGCACUUUUUUAUUUCUGCAGCGCUUCCUGCACAACUUCCAGGGAACUUUGUGUUUUGUUCUGAGCCGGAGUUUGGAGUUUAAAGUCGGACUGCUCUGCAACAAAACCCCGAGACAGAGAGAGAGAGUCUGUGUGGAGGAAAUCAUGGAGAUCCUGGAUAGUAGUGAAUCGUUUCUACACUGGGACAGGAACCUGAGCGAGCUGUCCGAGGCCGGGGAGAUCGACUGUGUGCUGUACACCAAUCACUUCUCCGAGCUCCUCGACGACCUCUCCCAGGAUGCUUUGCUGGGCCAGCUCCUCAGCGACCCCUUCCUGUCCGGAGUGCGAGGCGGCGUCGAAGCCAUGGAGGGCGAGGACGGAGGCGACCUGUCCCCGUCGUCCCCUCUCCCCCCGCACAUCACGGCCGAGCACAGCUACUCGCUGUGCGGCGACAGCCGGCCGCAGUCGCCCCUGUCGCACCUCGCCGGAGAGCAAGGCAGCGACGCAGAGUCUGACGUGGAUUCAUCCGAGUGGCCCAUGGAGCAGGACGAAGCCAUCGACAGCCUCCUGUGUGAGACUCCUUCCCUCCUCCCCACCCUCUGCCUCUCUCUGGGCUCCCAAACAACAGAGAGCCCGACCGCCGUGGCCCCUGCAGCCGCCGCCACCGCCGCCACCCCGACUCAGACCACGAUCAACAGCCACAACCAGAGCAAAGGCAUCAAGAUAAAAGAGGAGAAUAUUAUCCCGCAGAUCAAACUGGAGCCUCACGAAGUCGACCAGUUUCUCAAUCUUUCACCCAAAGGUCUGGAGUCGCUGCAGAUGCCUCCCACUCCUCCCAGUUCCCACGGCAGCGACUCGGAGGGCAGCCAGAGCCCCGUGCACGCCCCGCCCAGCCUGUCCUGCCCGACCUCCCCCACCAGCCCUCCUCCAUCCCAGGCCAGCCUGAAGGUGUCGCCCCGCGCCGGCUCCUGCCUCUCCAACUCCCCUCUGCUUACCGCCCCUCACAAGCUGCAGGGGUCCGGCCCGUUGAUGCUGACUGAGGAGGAGCGUCGGACGCUGGUUGCAGAAGGUUACCCGGUCCCAACCAAACUGCCGCUCACCAAAGCCGAGGAGAAGGCGCUGAAGAAGAUCCGCAGGAAGAUCAAAAACAAGAUUUCGGCUCAGGAGAGUCGCAGGAAGAAGAAAGAGUACAUGGACACUCUGGAGAAAAAGGUGGAGACCUGCUCCAACGAAAACAACGAGCUACGCAGGAAAGUGGAAACUCUGGAGUGUACCAACAAGUCUCUGUUACAGCAGCUGCAGUCUCUGCAGGCGGUGGUGGCAGGAAAAGUCCCAAAGUCCUGCAGGGUGGCUGGCACCCAGACAUCCUCAUGCCUAAUGGUGGUCGUGUUGUGCUUCGCUCUGUUCUUGGGGAGUUUCUACCCGAGCGGUUUGACUCCGUGCUCCACCAUCACUGAAACCGGCCUCGCCUCCAAACAGUCGGCUGUCAAAGAGUCUUACACAACCACAGUCAAGUCGAGGAGUCUGUUGUCAGUGUUUGAAGACGAGCAGCCGCACCUCCUCGGCCUGGGCGGAGAAUACCCCGACCAACUGGAGGACACGCCGGCUGUCGUCAUGGCAGCGUGGCGUCGCUCAGAGCAACAGAAACUGGUGGUGGAGCCUAAAAGGGUGGAGACACACCCACCUUUCAGGAAUAAAAGCAACGAUACGCAGACGUCAAAAAACCUGCUCAUGGACCUGCACAGGUCUCUGGAGCAGAGGGCGAACGAGAGCAGAAGUAAAGUGAUAGAGCUGGAGAGAACGGUCAACGAGACCUCCUGAGGUUCAUGUCAACACCCCCCCCCACCCUAAACCCCAUGAUGACCUUUGACCUUCCUCCCUCUGGAGCAUGGUUCAGUGUCCUGGAGCAAACCUCAUACAGUAGUUUUCCCACUGCUGAUUGUUUAAGGUCAUUUUUGCUUAAUCAGAUACACUGUAAUAGUAAUUAUUAUUAAUAAUAAUAAUGAUAAUAACAAUAACAAAGGGGCACUGGUUGCCUUAAUUUCUGAAGUAAAGUUGCACUGAAUCAUUUUCAACAUAAUAAUUAAUUAAUUGACCCGCCUUGAAACACUGUUAAAGUAAAUCACGUUGAGAUAAAUUCACAUAGAUCUAGUGAAUAAUAUUAUGUGGCAUUUAUUCCAGUGGAAAGUACAUUAAAAUAUGACAUGUGAGGCUUUUUACAGGACACUGACAGAGAACCUUUGUAUUUAUAGAAACCUUUUUUGUUUUUCAAAAAAAAGGAAAAAAAAUAUUGCUCUUUGUAGUUGUAUUUCUUUUAAUAUUAAAUGUUUUUAUUCCAUUCCAGUGAUGCAUACAUCCAAUUUUGAUACUUAUUUGCGUUCAUAUUGUAUUUUGUGUUUUUAUUAUGUGUUAUUAUUGGACUCUUUUCAUAUAUAUAUAUAUAUGUUGUUCAUAACUUCUUAGGGCUUUAGCUCGGGGGUUCCUACGCUCAGUUUCAAAAGCUUUAUUUGUCUGCAAAAUUAUGAAACAAAUGUGUAGUUAUGAUGCUAAUAAUGCAGAGAAAGCUGAAGGCUAAAUAUCACACAACUGUUCGGCAACGCAAAUGUUCAUAUUUGAUAUGUGGGGACCCUGUUUGAUAUACUUUAUUUGUUUUGGUCAUCAAAAGCAUCUUAAAGGGGCUAUUAUCCAUUUUCAGGUUGUUCUUACAAAUGUUGUGUGCAGUUAAAAAGCAAAAUUCACCUCACAGCAGUUAUUAUGUUUUGCAUAAUGUUGUCUUUCUUUUAAGGAAUAGUUUGUCAUUAUAGGAAAUGCACUUAUUUCCCUUUUUUUUGCAGAGAGACAGAUGUAUAGCUCCUUAUAUCUGUGCAUUACAGCUAGCAGCUAGCUUCAUGUAGCCUUAAUAGCAUGUAGCACUAGCUGUAGCUUCCAAACGUACGCUAAAACUCACUAAUUAACAAAUUAGAUAUAUUAAUUAGCAAGCUUUAUAGCUGUCAGUAGUCAUAUUUGUUGCCUUAGACAUAAGUUAGUUUCUUUCCCCUGUUCCUACCUUUGUACUAAACAAGCUUUCACCUGUCAUACAUUUCAGCUAGCUGUAGCUUUUAGCUUCAUUAAGCUUCAUAGUUUGUCACUUCAUAACUUCUGUAGCUAGCUGUAGCUUUAUUUAGCCUCAUAGCUUGUUGUUUCAUAGCGUAUAGCUAGCUGUAGCUUGUAGCUUAAUGUAGCUUCAUAACUUGUAGCUUAUUUUCUUUUACGGCUAGCUGUAGCUUGUAGCUUCAUGUAGCUUCAUAGCCUGUAUUGCUAGCUGUAGCUUCAUGUAGCUUAAUGUAGCUUUAUGUAGCUUCAUAACCUCUAGCUUAAUUUCUUUUAUGGCUAGAUAUAGCUUGUAGCUUCAUGUAGCUUCAUCGCUUGUAUAGCUAGCUGUAGCUUGUAGCUUCAUGUAGCUUCAUAGCUUGUAUAGCUAGCUGUAGCUUGUAACUUCAUGUAGCUUAAUGUAGCUUCAUAACUUGUAGCUUAAUUUCUUUUACGGCUAGCUGUAGCUAGUAGCUUCAUUUAGCCUUAUAGCUUGUCGCUUCAUAGCGUAUAGCUAGCUGUAGCUUGUAGCUUAAUGUAGCUUCAUAACUUGUAGCUUAAUUUAUUUUACGGCUAGCUGUAGCUUGUAGCUUCAUGUAGCUUAAUGUAGCUUCAUGUAGCUUAAUGUAGCUUCAUGUAGCUUCAUGUAGCUUAAUGUAGCUUCAUGUAGCUUAAUGUAGCUUCAUAACUUGUAGCUUAUUUUCUUUUACGGCUAGCUGUAGCUUGUAGCUUUAUUUAGCUUCAUAGCUUGUCGCUUCAUAGCUUGUAUAGCUAGCUGUAGCCUGUAGCUGUAACUUCCAAAAGUAGAAAGAACUCACUAAUUAAAAAAUGAUGUAUAAUAUAUUAGUUUGUGUGCUUUAGAGUUGCUGGUAGACAGAUGUAGUUGCCAAGUUUCCCCUUGUUUCUAGUCCAAGCUAAGUUAGGCUAAUCACCUGCUAGCGGUAGCUUCAUAUUUAGCGCACAAACAUCAGAUUGAUAUCAAUCUAAUUGUUUAAGUCUCUACAAAAAAGGUGAAUAAAUGUAUUUUCCCAAAUAUCAAACUGUCUUUUUCAAAUAUUUGAUGGAACCACAGGAUUAAGUUGCUGCACUAACAGUUUGUUUUUGUUUUGUUUUGUUUUUUGUCUUAAAUCCAGCAAUGUUUUUGCCUUAAACACUUUAACUGUCAUCUUCAACAGUCUUUCAGCAUUUGCCAAAAAAACUUUCUUCCCAGAAAAAAAAAAAAGUAUCUAUUUUUGUAAAUAUAAGUUGUUAAUAAAUAAAGAAAUGUGUCUGGGAUCUGCAGUUUAUAAACCAAUCCAUAAUUCACUGCGAGUCUGUGUUCUGACUUUCUGUUGGGUUUAGUUUAAGUACAAAUAAUGGUUUUAAAGGUUUUUAAUUGUCCAUUUCAAGUGUAUUAUUUCUCACAUUUCUGAGCUUUAUUCAAACAUCUUCCCCUUUUUCACCAGACGUGAGGUCAGUUCACUUUCUGUACAAACAGGCUGUAAAUAGAAACGCCCCAUUUGGAUCAAAACUGAAGUUAAUUAAACCCAGAAACAUGAGAUAUUAUACUUUACAACUGAGGGUGCAUCAAACUGUUAACUGUCCUGUUAAGAAGUGAGAAAUGUAUGUAUCUAGGUCUCAUAUUUUAAGCUUUGUAGAUCAGUGGCUAGAUCGUCAAAGAUUUAUUCUUGUAGUUAAGGAGGAUGCACUGAUGAUGCUCCAUCAUCGUAACAUGAGAUUUUCAUGGGAAGUUCUCCUCUCGCAGAGACUGAAAGUAGCAGCCAGUGGAGCGUAUUUUUUCUAAAUCACAUUUCUUUUUCAUGUCGCCUGUGUAAAGCCACUCUGACUUAGGCUUUCUGUCUCUUUGCUUUCAAAUGAAUAAAGUAUUUUCCUUAGUAAAAGCAUA